UCAGCCACACAGGAAUGCUAACAUGACAUGACAAUGCGCUGAAGAAUAUCAUUAUAUGACAGUGAUCUGAAGGAACUGUAAGAAGAGAGCAUGUCCAGGGGUUCGGGGCUCUCCCCCAACUUAGGAAUGGGGUCCUCUCUCAAACACAAGUUUGAGACCUGCAUGUACUCAGGACGACUAGAGAUAUCAGCCUGUAGUUUGAGAACGAUACCCAAAGAAAUAGAUGGCUAUGACAUUGCUGACAUGAUGCUUGUUGAUGUGUCGCGCAACAAGUUCACAGAGAUACCACCAGAAGUGCUGCGCUGUGAGCACGCGGAGGAACUUAACGCGUACCACAACAUGAUCAGAUCCAUCUGCGAUCUGAAUCCUAUGCGCUUCCUUAACAAACUAAACCUCUGCAGAAACCAACUUACAUCGAUACCAAGCCAUUUGUGUACUUUACCUCUGGAAACACUGUACCUUGCUAACAACAAAAUACACACUCUACCUGCCGAGAUGGGAAAUUUGAUAACUUUGGUUGACCUUGAUCUAAGCUGCAACAUGUUGAGCAGCUUACCGGUAACUUUUGGAGAUCUAAGUGGGUUGAAGGAUCUCAAUGUUAGUCAUAACUUUAUCACACACAUUCCAUCAGAGUUGACAGAGACGUCAUUAGUGCGCCUGGAUUUGAGCUACAACCGUAUAGCCAUUAUCCCACCUUCCUACCGCUUCCUCAAGGACCUUAAACAUCUGGACAUCAGUAACAACCCACUAGUGUGUCCCCCUGCUCAGUAUGCAGAGCGAGGGAGGGUGCACAUCUUCAAACUAUUAGAGAUCCUAGUGUGGCAGCAGGAGCAGAAAGAGUUGUUGGAGUACGAGAAAACAUUCCGCCGUAAGAAGGAGGAGGAACGCGCCCAACUGAACUAUGCAAACCCACGCAGUACCACUAAUAGCAACAAUUUUAUCAACGAGCUGCUGGUUUCAUGGGAUGCCCAAGCUACCGCCUCAAUGCUGGAGGAUCCUUUCUUUAAGAAGGAGCUGGAAAAAGACAAGACUUACCGGGAGAAGUACGGAAUUAAAGAUGAUUAUAUGAAGAGGAGCUUGCAGGUAGCCCAAGGGCGGAGUAUAAACACGAUAAAUCGUUCGUCUGGUAAAGCAAUUGCAAAGCAGCUAGCGACCGGCACCCCUGUCGCUGAUAUAAAGGACCCGUUGGAGGGAACCAGCAAAACUGUUUCCAAGAGCAGUCCUAAUAACGAUAAAAAGGAUAAGAAGAGCAGCAAGAGAGAUAGUAAAAGUAGCAAAUCCCCAAAAUCGGAGAAAUUGUCCAAAUCUCCGAAGAAUGACAAAACAUCGGAUCAUCCCCCAGAGAAGAAAUCUCUUAAAUCUCCGCGGGUUACAACGACUAAGAAAGAAGAGGAGGAAGCCUUAGCAGUUCUUGAAGAUGUCUUCAUGGACAAGUCUAAAGAGAACACUUUCGAAAGAAGUAAGAGGGCGGUAUCGUUCUCAGAACAGAAAGCAGAGGUUAUCCCUCCCGCACCUUCUACAUCGCCUCCCCAGUCAUCUGACGAGGACGAAUCUGUGACAUUAGAACACAGUUUCACGAUGAACCGAGAAGAAGGGAAAAUAGCUCAAACUGCAUACCAGCAAGAAUUUAUCAAAAAUGUGCUGGCAAAAUACCUGAACAUAAGCAUAAAAGAAAUAGAAGAAUCACUGAAAGACGGGGUGAUAUUGUGCCAGCUGCUGAAUGAGAUGAAAAAGAACACAGUUAGGAAGAUAAUGAUGCCCCAAGGGGCUGAGAAGCUGAGCACUAUGAAGUCCACUGUCAACCUUAACUCUUUCCUGAGAUUCGCGCAGAUUAACAUUGGAAAGGGGAAUGACAAGCCAAGCGCCACUUACAGUAAAAAGUUCCGCAUGUCAGUUGUCAUUAUGAACAAAAAAUCCUGA